AAAUCAACACACAUACUGGGUUCCUCCCUCCUGUUUCUCCCGCUUCAAACUUUCCUCUUCCUCCAAAUUAUACUACAGUCUCUGGGACUCUCUGCUACGCAAUCCCCAAAUUUUCAAAAUUUAAAUUCAGCCGUGUUCUCUCUCUCUCUCUCUCAAAUUGUUACCGGUUUCGUAACCCCCAAAUUCUGAAUAUUACUCGAUUUUUUAAUUUUUUUUUUUUAAAUUUUUUUAAGCUAGGGUUUUUUGCUUUCAUUUUCGUCGUCCUAAAAUCUCUGCUAAAACCCUAGCUCCAAUGGAGUGGAAUCCACAGACGUUGCAGUUUCUCUCCGAUUGCUUCCUCAAUACGCUCUCUCCCCUGCCUGAACCCCGUCGCCGAGCCGAAUCUGCUCUCUCCGACGCCGCCGAUAAGCCUAACUUCGCUCUCGCUGUUCUCCGCCUCGUCGCCGAGCCUUCCGUCGACGAACAGAUCCGUCAAGCCGCCGCCGUUACUUUCAAGAACCACCUCAAGUCCCGCUGGGUCCCCGCUGGUUCCGAUGCCAAUGACUCCAACGCCGCAUCGGUUUUGAUCCCCGACGCCGAGAAGGCACAAAUUAAAGCUCUGAUUGUUUCCUUGAUGGUUAAUUCCAGCCCCAGGAUUCAAGCGCAGUUGAGCGAAGCCCUUGCAGUCAUCGGUAAGCAUGAUUUCCCUCAACUCUGGCCCACUUUGUUGCCGGAGCUUGUUGACAGCCUGGACAGGUUAAGCCUGGCCAACGAUUACGCCUCCGUUAAUGGGGCUUUAGUUGCUGUCAGUUCUCUCUUCGAGAAGUUUCGCUUCCAGUUUAAAACCAACGAGUUGCUUUUUGAUUUAAAGUACUGUCUUGAUAAUUUCGCCAAGCCCUUAUUAUUAGUGUUUCAGAGAACCGCCGCCUUAUUAGAUCAGGCCGCUGCUUCCGUCCCAGCUAAUCCCGCUGCCCUUAAGCUCUACAUAGACUCCCAGCGGCUGUGCUGUGAGAUCUUUUAUUCGCUUAAUUUUCAGGACUUGCCGGAAUUUUUUGAGGAUCAUAUGAGUGAGUGGAUGAGUGAGUUUAGAAAGUACUUGACUGUUAAGUAUCCGGCUUUGGAGGACGUUGGGAAUGAUGGGAUGGCUGUUGUUGACGAACUGCGAGCAGCUGUUUGUGAGAAUAUCAGUCUUUAUAUGGAGAAAGAGGAGGAGCUCUUUCAGGUUUAUUUGGGCGGGUUCGUGGAGGCUGUUUGGGGCCUUCUUCUCCUUGCUUCUCCCUCUCCCAGUAGGGAAAAGUUGACAGUGACUGCAAUUAAAUUUCUUACCACAGUUAGCACAAGCGUGCACCAUGCAUUGUUUGGCAGCGAUGCAGUUUUGCAGCAGAUUGUUCAGGGUGUAGUUAUCCCCAACGUGAUGUUGAGGGACGAGGAAGAGGAGUUGUUUGACAUGAACUAUGUAGAGUUUAUUAGUAGGGAUAUGGAAGGCAGCGAUAUGGACACCAGGAGGAGGGUCGCCUGUGAGCUUCUUAAAGGGAUGGGUGUUCACUAUAAAGAAAAAGUUACCCAGCGAAUCUCGGCUGAAAUACAGGGUUGUUUGGAUUAUUUCAGUAAGAAUCCUGAUGCGAACUGGAAGCACAAGGAUUGUGCCAUCUAUCUGGUCGUGUCACUUGCUACGAGGAAAGCAGGUGGGGCUUCGUUUAGUACUGAUUUAGUUGAUGUGGAGAGUUUCUUUGCAUCGGUGAUUGUUCCAGAGCUGCGAAGUCCUGAUGUGAAUGCUUCUCCUAUGUUGAAAGCUGGUGCGUUGAAGUUUUUCACUAUGUUUAGGAAUCAGAUACCGAAACCUAUUGCGCUGGCUUUGCUUCCUGACGUGGUGCGGUUCCUUAAUUCGGAGUCGAAUGUGGUUCAUUCUUAUGCAGCAACCUGCAUUGAGAAACUCUUGCUGGUUAAAGAUGAUAGCAAGCCAAGGUACACAGCUGCAGAUAUUGGCCCAUUUUUUCAGCCAUUAGUGACUAACCUAUUUGCCGCCCUGAAGAAACAAGAAUCUGAGGAAAAUCAGUAUGUGAUGAAGUGUAUCAUGAGGGUUCUUGGCGUGGCUGAGAUCCCACUGAUCGAUGCUUUUACUUGCAUCAACGAAUUAAGUUUGAUUCUUCGAAGGGUUUGUCAGGAUCCUAAGAGCCAGGUAUUCAAUCACUAUCUGUUUGAAUCCUUGGCUGCUCUCAUUAGGCGAGCUUCCCAGACGGACUCGUCUGCCAUUUCUUCUCUUGAAGCCGGCUUAUUCCCAAGCAUUGAGAUCAUCUUAAGCCAAGGCAUCAGCGAAUUCUUCCCGUACGCAUUCCAGCUGUUGGCACAGCUAGUGGAGCUAACUCACAAUCUUCAAAAUUAUGCCCCGAUUUUUGAGAUCCUUCUGAGUCCCGAUUUAUGGAGCAAAUCGGCUAAUGUUCCAGCUCUCGUUUAUCUGCUCCAGGCUUUCCUUCGAAGGUCGCCCGAGGAGAUGAUGGUUCAACAGGGAAAGUUAAAGAACGUUCUUGGGAUAUUUUCUGGUCUUGUUUCAGUUUCGAGUUCAGAUGCACAGGGGUUUUACGUGCUGAAUACCGUGAUCGAAAAUGUUGGCUACGAUGCAAUCCAACCCCAUCUUACUGAGAUUUGGGUUACACUGUUUAACAGGCUGCGGGGAAACCUCCGUCAAGCGAAGUUUGUUAAGAAUCUUGUGAUAUUCAUGUCUCUGUUUCUUAUUAGAUUUGGUGCAGAUAAACUUGUGGCUUCAGUAAAUGCUGUUCAAAACAAUUUAUUUCAUACCAUUUUGGAACAGUUCUGGAUACCUAAUCUUGAAAAAAUCACGGGUUUUAUUGAACUUAAGCUUACUUCAGUUGCUUCAACCAGACUUAUCCGUGAAACUCCAAGUAUUUGGGAAUCUGGGCUUGCAGGGAAACUGCUGAACAGCAUUAUCACUCUUGUUUCGCGGUCCGAGCAGCAGAGAGCUGUUGAGGAUGAAUUGGAAGUUCCUGAUUUUGGGGAAACCUCCACGGGUUAUAAUGCUAGCUUUGCUCGUCUUUACAAUGUUGGGAAGAAAGAAGAUGAUCCUUUGAAGGAAAUUAAGGAUCCUAAGCAGUUUCUGGUCGCUUCCUUGAAGGAAUUACGUGAUGCUUCUCCUGGGAUGUUUAACUCCAUAAAAAGUAGUCUUGAUCAAGCUAAUCAGGCUGCUUUCUAUCAACUCUGCGCAGCGUUUAACAUGCCUUUAUCUUGAGGGAGAGCUCUCUGCGUGUUGAAGUUUACAAAAUGCCAACAUUCAUGCUGAAGUUGGUGAGCCCGUGCGAUGUCGACCAUUUAUUGACGUGGUUGAACUUGCAAAGAAAGCUACAGAGAAGGAUGUCAGGCAAUUUUUUGUGUAGUCUUGAGUCUGGUGUUUAAGUAGAGUGCACCGUGGAGGGAGUUUGGUUUCAUAUGCAAUUUUUCUGGGAAUUUGAUGUGAGUCCAUUUUGGCAAUCUGUGUAGUAGUAUCACUGGUCUUACUCUUUAAGGUUGAGGGGAAAGGAAGAAGGGACUUUGUUUCUUGAGAGGAUUAAAUGGUGUAAAACAGCAAAAAUUUAUGAUUUGGGAUUUUGGCAUGAAUCAAAUUGUGCAUUUCUUUUCUCUAAAAAAGCAUUUUCAUCAUUUGGAGAAUGGGGUAUUUUGAGUUGCUUGAGAUUGGGUCAACUCCAGACUGUUUUGUGAUAAAUUACAGCCCAAGCCCACGAAUUAGAAUUAAUCCCCC